GCAUACAAAAAUAUACAACACUGUGCACAAGCAGACGGCACACACACACGCAUGUAUAUCUAACAAAAAACACAAAAAAAAAAACUGACAUAAUUCUUUGGUCCACUUUUCCUUUAACCGUGUUUCUUCCCUCGGUGGAGCUUCGUAUGUUGAUGUUUUCCAAAAGACACAAGACUAAGUCUAACAAUAGAAUAAUGUAUGACUUUACAGCUGAUAACGAGCCGUGUAGAUUUCAGGCCUAACACGUUGCCGUUAUGCUUUUAACUGUUUUGUGUGUAGACUGGUCGCCGACUUCUGUUACACAAGCUGUGCCGUUGUACUGACUGGGAAAUACUGCGCUUCGUGUUGUGUAGAUUUCUGAGUGUUGUCGCGUGCAACUGGUUUCUCGGUAAAUGGGGCUACACGAUCCUCGCUGAAGGACAUGGCUACAGAUGUAGACAUGAACUAUGGCGCAGAUAGUCAGCCUCGUCUUUUUAUCUGUUUGGGAUAAAGACAAAACAAAACAUCCUGCUAAUUCUAUAGAAACAUGAAGAUCUCUGAAGCUCCAAACAUGUUGUACAGUGUACAAUUCCAGAGGAGACCCAAUCAUUACUAUGUCACGUAGAUGAAAUAUUGAAACUCGUGGAUAGAAACAUUUUCAAAGAAGUUCUAUUCUCUCUUUGUUGGAAUUAUCCGAAAGUCUAAACCUGUUACAAAGUCUUGUGUUGUAUUUUCACUAUGGAUAUAUUAGUGUUCCACAUUCUUAUUGAAUUCAUUGGAUGUACUUUAUAAAUGUGUCAGAAUCUAUUUCUAAAUUUGUUAAUGAAACGCAAAUCAAAUCAGUAGAGGAAGUGGGAAUAUAGAUGACAUAAUCACUACAUUGAUCAAUAAAAUCUCUGGAGAGAAAAAAAAGGAACAAAUAAAUACUGUAUUCAUCAAUUAACCCAUCUCGAAUUAUCAUUCAAUUUUAUGGGGUAUUAUAUUGUUAGAUAUGAAAGCAUACAUUUACUCAAUCUGAAAUCAAUUUGUUUACCGUAAUUUUUUUUUUCUGAUUUGGAUUACUCCGAGUCGCAACGUGCUGUUCUAAAGAGAAAACAAACAACCAAAAAAUAGAGUGUGCUUCUCAAAGAUGGCGUCACCAUGUAUAUGUUUGCUUGGAUAAUUAGAAGCCUGAUGUGCUAGGUCAACAGAGUGGGACGUAAAAUGAUAAAAAACAAUGCCACGUCGCAGCCCCAUCUACCGCACCAUCCUAGGCGUCACUUCCACGAGACAAUGAAAGGCAAUGGCGUUUACGUUGAUCGGCGCACAACUUUAUCCGAUCAUCUGGAUGUCUUCGUUUCAAACCAGCUGAUUCCGUAUGACAACCCUUCCCCCCACCCUGUGGAUCACGCUCAGGAAGGGGUGUAUCAACACGAGGUCUUAGCGGAUAAUGACCACUGUCCAGCUUCAAAUCUCCCUCAGUUACCUAACCUGUCUGCUCAAGAGGAUCAGGAAACAGAUGCGUCCCCAAAUGGCGGCACAUCAUCCAGCUGGUACAAUGCCGUGUCAAGCUUGAUCUCGUCUCCGUCCCAUUAUCAUUCACCUGGCGGCGAGUCGGUAUAUUCCAGGGCUAACAGUGACCCUUACGGGUCACACGCCGACCGAAGCUUUUCUUACGCUGAGGUCAGUGUCCAUGACAUUAAGAAUCCAGACUCUUUAAAACAAUAUAAAACUAGCCAAAGUAAUAGUGUCUUUGUUGAGGACCAUAGAGAAUUAACCAACGGAUUUUCUCUCAUAUCGAGAUCCGUUUCAGAGCCUAAUGAUGACACGAGGAGAAACUCAGAAACGUUUGAGACCAACUCUGUGGUCUAUUCUAACGGCAGGCAACACACACUGACUCUGGAAGUCAGCAAUAAUAAUAGAAAUGAGCCUGAACGUUACCUCAGAGAAACGUCGCUAGAGAGCCCCGGAUACAAUGCGGAUCUUAUAAAAUACGAAGAUGAUUCUGACUAUAGCGACCCCAACGGUGAACAGAGUGCGGACAAGCAAUUUUCAGGGACAUGUGCUCAAAAAAAUAGUAAACACAAAAACUUUGAUCUAAGCAAGAGCAGGCUGGGCGGUCGCCGAUCAGCUUCUGUUUCGUCUGUUGCGAGCAUACAAGGAUAUGAUACAGACGAGAUGAAACAGAAACAGGCUGCUAAUGACCACGGCUUUAGCGAAGACGACACGUCUCAAAGCGCGUCAGAAAAAGGAGCCGGCGACAAAACGGAUAAGUCGAAGUGCCAGAAACAAUCUCGCGGCGCCCAGAAUUUGCCCCCUUGCAGGGUGUGCGGCAAUAAAGCGUCGGGUCUUCACUUCGGCGUAAACACCUGCGAGGCGUGCAAUGAGUUUUUCAGGCGGAGUUUGAAGCGGGGGGCGUCCUACUACUGCACCAAGAACAGGGAGUGUCAGGUGUACGGCAAGAAACGCAACGCCUGCAGCUACUGUCGUUAUCGACGAUGCGUUGAGAUGGGCAUGUCCCGCGACGCCAUCAAGACGGGACGCUACUCGCAUAAAACCCGAACGGAGUACGCCAUGGAGGUGGAAGAGUUCAAGCAGAAGGAAGUCAACAAAGCCGAAAAAGAGAAGUUUGAAGUGCUUCUGAAGGACCUCGUCAUGUACCAUGACAAGUAUGUGAAGAACACCACCCGCGUGCCUUCGGAAGAGCUGUACAAGAACCAGUCGGAGUAUUUGCAUCUGUAUAACACGCAAAGAGACCUAGAGAUGAGGCAUCCUCCUCUAAGCACUCCAAUCAUGAAUAAAAAACUGCUCACUGACUUCAGCCCAGAGAGGGAAGAUCUGUCUCUGACAAUGCACGACGUGGAAAUGACGGAGAAAUGGCUCCGAAACUACAUCAACUACGCCAAGAACGUUCCAGGAUUCAAAGAACUCGCCUUAUCCGACCAGGCCUCUCUCGUCAGGGGAACUUGGUUUGAGUUCUGGUUCCUCGGGGCCUACAGGGGCUACAACUCAGAUCUUCGGGUAGUCUAUUACCCAAACGGGCGGACGUUCCACGAGGAGGAAAUCAUCAAAGUCUUUGGCAAGGAGUACACGGACUUUUCCUUCAGCCUCGCUGACCGGAUGGCCUCGCUGAGGGUCACUCCGGAGGAAAUGGUCCUCAUCAAGACUGUGUGCCUAACUUUCCCGGAUAGGACACCGCUGCAAGACCGAGACGCCGUGGAGAGCAUGCAUUGGCAGAUGGUGUCAUGUCUGUUGCACACAUUGGAAAAAAACAGACCCGGUGACUCCACAGUGUUUCCUAUGGUUGUCAAUAAACUUGUUGAGCUAAGAACUCUCACUGAUAUAGCCAUGAGGGCACACAAGAGCGCCAUCUACCAAGACGUGCUGAAGGAGAGCCCCCUGCUGUCUGAGAUGGUGGACACUAAGACCAUCUACAUCAAUGCUGAUGCCCAGGGCAAGACUGUGUCCAGAAUGCCAGUCUCCCCCUCUCCAUUAUGACACAAGACACCCUUAGCUAGCGGCUACCAUCUCAGUUUCUUACAGUUGGACUUUGUGUGCUACCAUCAUAUUGUUGACAUUUGUCAUUUUGUAGCUGACAUCUAUAUGACAUGUAUUCUCAUUAAUCCUUGGGAUUAUCAUCAAAUUCAUAUAUUUCUGCCUCUUGGCAUUUAGUUACAAUUUUCUCCAUUAAAAUCGUGCCAAGUAGAUAUAAUAGGAUCAACUAAGCAACAACAGCGUUGGGUGUCCCUAAGGAGCAGCUACGAGUCAAAAGUAUAUGAAAGUGUAAAUGUGUUUUUCAUUCACUAUACAUGUACUUACCACAGUCUACUUUUCCCAAGAGGUCAGAUAUUUAUAUAAUAUUUGAAGGACUAAAACAAAUGUCAAUAAACCAUUUAAAUUCCACUUUUCAGCCAAUCGUUAGUCAAGUUUCCACAUAAAUAUUCUCACCCUUCACUCUCCUGCAAAAAAAAAAUUGUUUCAGAAAAAAAAAAAAAGUAGAAUUUUCCAGAAUUUUAAAGGAUUGAAACAUUUAAAUUUUAAUCAUUUGUGAUAUUGUGUGAAAACUGACUUAGUGGUAAUUCUGAAAUGUCCAUUCUUAUUGUUUCAGCUUUUUAUACCCUUCUAUUUACAUUUUUUUUUCAGUUGAUGAAAAAGAAAUGUGAAUGAAUUAUUUUGAUCUAAUAUUUUUAGUCACAACUAAAAAACAUAUUGUUUGUUUUUUUGUUUAAAAAGAAAAUCCAUAUUGCAUGGUAAAAUUUGUUAUCAUCAAGAUACUGGAGAUGUCCCAGAGAAGCUAAUGUCAAUAUUGAUAUUGAUUAAAUCUGUGAAAGACGCCAUUUGUUUCUGAUGUCAUAUGGUUGUGGCCAAUACUGAUUAGUGAUACAGCACUCUCUUUGCUUUAAAUCUCUUCUUUCAAUGUAAUUAUUUUUUUUCUUUCUAUUUUUAUGUGUUUAUAUUUUCCUUCAAUUUUUUUAAAGUAAUUAAUAUUUCGAGUUGUUGCCUAUGUAAGGAAAAAAAACAUUUUAAUAGCAAGCUACCCAAAAAUAAUUCUUAGAAAUAAUAUUAUUGAACUGCCUGCUUUGGUUGGAGGAUUUUUGGUCUCGAUAGUAUGAGGAAGGGCAAACCUUUUUAUAGAAACAGUUUUGUUAUAUUUUUUUUGUCGGCAGGGAGGAUCAUUAUAAUUUUAAUUUUAUUAGUUCUCUUCUGUUUUCUGUGAAAUUUUUUUAAAUUACUUUUUUAAAUUAUUAUCAGUAAGCAGUCUUAGUCUUAUUUGUAUUAACUAUGGGUUUUAACUAUGGGAAAUGGAAAAAGGAAAAACAAAAUAAAAAUAACUUAAAAGCUUUUGAAAAUGAGCUUUGACAAUUAAUUUUUUAUUGUAAAUUGUUUUUCUUUCUUUUUUUUUUUUUUCAAAGCAAUAUUAUUCCCUUUCUUUGUGUUAAAAUAGACUAUUGAAAAAAAAAAAUGACAACAAUAAAAUCUGAUGGAGCUGUAUAUGUACACUUAGCUGUCAAACUCUAUUCACAGGUUUAAAUCUUUGCGGGAAUUGAAAUUCUUUCUCAGGGACUAUUACAACAAAACAGACAUUAAAAUCUUGUUGUGCUUAGUUAGGAUUUAAGCUCGCAUGAUUUAUAUUAGAAUAUUGGACUUAUAAAUAUUUAUUUCGAUAUUAAAAGUAUUUUUUUCCCCAGUAUAGGAAUCUAUAAUUUACAAUAUAUAUAUAUAUAUAUUAGUAGUGUAAUAAAAGUACCUUUAUUGCCUUCAAUAUUCCCACCCUAGAGUUUUUUUUAUUUAUUCUUCUAAGCAAGAUUUCAAUUGGUAUCACUGGGGUUUCUACAGCCAGUUAAUAAUUUCUUUUAACUGUAGUUUAUAAUAUUGUAAAAUAAUACUUUUAAAAGUAUAGUUACUAUUUGUAUCUAAUUAAUACUUAUGGAGAAAUUCAUAAAAGGCAGCUUCUGUGUUGCAGCUAUUUACUUUUGAUUUUCUGUUCACAUUGGUUUACAAGUGGGAAAAUAAAAUGAUUACAGGAUUUUAUGUCAUUUAAAGACCUCACUGUGAUUGACACAUUUUUAGAAUGCAGACUCUGCUGGGGAUGAAUUUGUAUAUUUUCUUUUUAAAAAGCUGUUCUUUUAAAGUGUAUGAACAUUGUUAUUGACUGUAGCAAAAUGGCAUUUCAAAAGAAUGUUUUAAAACUUUUUGAAAAAAAUUCUCCUUUUAAUGAAAUUUGUGUAUUUCCAAUUGAGAUUUGUUUCCCCACACCCACACACAAAAUGGUAACUGACAUUAAGAUUAGAUACACUAAAAUGUUUUCAUUGCAAGUUGUUCUUCUUAAAUAUAAAGGCUCUGUUUCUUAGUACAUUAAUUACAAUUAUAGAAUGACACAAGAAAAAUUAAGCAGACUACAUUACUCUGUGCAAAAAAAAGCAACAUUUUAAAGAUUCUAGGAUUUUUUGUUUUCAAAAUGGUUUUUCAUUUUAAAAUUGAUAACAUUUAGUUCUGUUUGGUUUGUAAGUGAAUGAAAAUUUAUGUUAAAUAUUCCUUUUUUCUGAUUGUGAUUAGUUUAAUUUCAAAAUGGUUUAUUUUUGUUUGCUGCAUUCAUCUGUUACCUACGCACUACAUAAUGUCACGAGUAUAUUUAAUUUGGCUUUCUAUCACAUCUUGAGACACAUAAAUCAGAAAAUCGGACCAUCAUUCAAGGUUUUCAGUAAUUAUUGCUCUGUUGUCCAAACUUACACACCACUACUAGAAAGAUAAGUUUGCUUAUGUAGUUUAGUUUGUGGCUUUGUAAUGUUAAGCCCAAAAGUUCACUUUUUAAAAAUUCUUUAGGUACUAUGUUCAGUAUUGUUAAACUAUCACUAAAGAUUUUAUGGAUUUUAAAUUAAAUCUAGAUUCAGUGCUAUAAUUAAGGUAUAGCAUAGUAUUUUUUUUACUUCUAAUAAUUUUUUUUGCACUUAAAGAAAAUAAAAUGUAAGAUAUCUUUUAUCAGUGAGAACUAUGCCACUAUUUGGAAUGAGUUGGAAGAGAUGUAGAGGAAGCUCUUUAUUGAAAUUUUAAUUGCUCUAGUGUCACCAUCAUUUUAUUUUUAUAAAUACUUGCCAUUUCUAAGAAAAAUAUUUAAAAAAAAAUGCAUUCUUAAAUUCAUAGGCACACAAACAGGUCACAAACAGACUUUGUUUGUUGUUUAAUCUGACAUUCAUUAAGAUAUUAGGAGAAAAACAAUCGCUCUAUAAAGGAGAUCAUGUCAUUUAAAAAAAGUGUUUUUGAUGUUUUUUUCUUGAUUUUUUAGUAAACAUAAAAAAAAAAAUUUAGGCCUAAAAGUUUUUCUCUAUAUUCCUUGUAUUUUGAUGUUUUGCAUUGUUACAGCAUCCGGUGUUUUUUUUCUAGUAUUUGUUUUUGUUUUAUCAUUUAAUUUUGUUUUAUGUGCCAUAUUAUAGUAAUCAUAAUGCUAUAUUCAAAACAAGUCUUUCCUAAAAAAUGUUGGUAAUUUUUAUAUUGUUUGUUCUGACAGGUGGUCAUUUAAUUUAACAUUUACACAUAAAAAUAUAAAAAUAUUUGUAAAUAAAUAAACAAUUUAAAGAAAAAAAAUAGCAAUAACAAUGAUAGCUACAAUUAUAAACAAACUUAAUUUUGUUCUGCAUUUUCUGUCCGCAAAUGUUUUUUAAUUUGUUGUCUUAAAAUCAUUUAAUUAGUCCUAACAUAAAUAUUCAAAUGACUAACAUUUAAUUAAAUAGAAGCAAAAUAGUAAUAACUUGGUGCCUACUUUAAAAAAAAACAAACUAUGAAAUAUAUUGAUUUAAUUUGAAAUUAUGUAAAUGCUGACAUUAUUUUGUUUUGAGAAGUAGUUGAAUAUUUUUGCCUUGUAAGCUGUAUAAGCUAUGGACUGUAUAAGCUAUGGACUGUCAUCAGUUCAGUGGAUUUGGCAACUGUUCAGCAUGUCGACAUUUUCUAUUUCGGCUAGAUUGUAAUAAUCAUAUCUGAGGAAACCUUUAAAAUGUACAAUUCUAAAUAAUAUUAAAUACUUUAUUCAACAGUAACAUAAAGAUUAAUCAAUAAGACUUUGAAAUCUAAAAAUGUAUGUAAGCAAUAUUCAAUCAGAGAAUAUGUCGAAUGUCUUUCAAGUCUAGCACCCAAAAUAUUAGUAUCUGCAUAGGAUCUCUAUUAAUUAAGUAAAACCACAGAUAUCAAUGUAAUAUGUUAAGACACCUCAUUCAAAUAUUUUAAGUCAAUACAUUUUUAAAAAUCUUUCUUUUCAAAUCAUAAAAUUGUCUAAAAUAACUAAAUAUUUACUUAAUGACUUUUGUGUGUAAAUUUAAUUCUAUGAGCUUGAAUAUCCAUAAUUCAUUAUAAUAUUUAGACCUAGUCUUCUACAGUAUUGUAAUGAUCAAUAGCUAAAGUUGUUUUAAAAAAUAAAUACUAAACACAUGUUUAAAAAAUGUUUAUCUUCAUAACAGAAAUAAAAUGUAAAGAUGGUUUGUAUUUAUUGUUCUGAAGUUAUUUUUCUAUAAUGCAAUUUUAAAUUAACCCAUUCUACAGUCUACCUGAUAAUGAAGCUUCACCCCCUAAGCUACCAAAUAAUAUGUUUUUAAUAAAUAUCCAUGUGAAUCUAUGUUGUUUUUAUUGGAUAUUGAAAUAACUUUAUUCCACAGCUUAAUAUUUCUAUAUAAAUUGUUAACUACCAAUUACAUUUUUUUCAUGUUAGACAUAUUAUAAUGUUUCAUGUUAAACAUACUGUUGUCUUUGUUUUCAAGUAAAAUUCAUUGGUUACUUCUGCUUCUCACUGCCUUACCUGUUGGAUUCAUGUUUUUCAGUUAACCGAACCUGUCAUCAAUGAUAAAUACAUUGAAUGUGUGUCAAGGUUCCCAUGUUAGUGAUAAAAAUCUUUGAUCUAUGUCAUUUGCCACCUACGCAUGAAAUUAAGGGUUGUCAGUUGUAGUGUUGUUUUUUUUGUGGGUUAUUUUUUAUAGUCACCACUUUGCAUAAAUAUCUUUUAUUUUCCACUGCUUCUCUGUGAUAGUUGUUCAUCUUUGAUUCCAGUUGUCAUAAGAAUUAAUGUGAUUUAGUUUCAUUCGAAAUAUUCAUUUCAUUUCCCUAGAACGUGUUGAUUAAAUGGAUGUCGAAUAAAGGGGGGAGGAAGAGAUUGAGAAUUGAUUUCAUGUUCCACGGUAUUAUUUCGUAUUAGUAAGAAGUCUAACUUGAUGUGAUGGUUCUUCCUUGUGUAGUUGAAAUCUGUUUUAAUAAAGACAAAAAUCCACCUCGAAAGGCAACAAGGUGUCCGGAGUACAUUUCGGGAAUAAAAAUGUUUCAAACAGUUGGCAUCAUUUGUUUUCAUAUAUCUUAGAUAUAAUGCUGUUAUUAUUACUAUAAAAAUGAAUACUUUUCAUUCUUUGGAACAGCUAGGGUCGAGCUUUUUUAAAUAGAAACAAAAUUCUUUGUAGUAACCCCCUUAUUUGCAUUUUAUCACCAUAGAAUGAUAUUGUUUAGGUUCUAUGAGGUUCUGUUUCAGUACAUUUAGUAGACAUCUUGAAAGCCGCGUCAGAAUCCCCCCCUUUUUUUUUAAACCCUGGCGUAAAGUCUGUCUGGCACCGUGUUUUCCUUCACUCGUUAACAUCUCCCCAUAGGUCUCUAUAUUUUUAAGACCCUCCUCCCCCGAUUCUCUCUACUUACUCUAGAGUUUGUUUCCUUUGAUCGCACAUCUCAGGUUCCGUAAUUUGCUCAUUCCCCCAACUCUAUUUUGACAAAGUGAUAUAACUGCAAUAUCUUUUUUUUGUUUUAAUUAAUUCAUUUUUUUGUAAAUGGAAUAUUGAAAGAUAACAAUGUCUUUGAUAAUCUUCUCUUAUUGUCUGCUACACUGCUAAUUUUAUCAUUAGAUUUCCUGUCACGUUUGUAUUAUGGAUUUGAUUUGUAUUAAAUCUGUCUACGGGAGCAUCGUCAAUUACUGUAGCAGUUUUGUUUUGUCAUGAUUUUAAAUACGUUCUUUAUUAAGAUCGCUGUAUGUCAUCUCUGUUUUUUUUUUUUUCUUGUUUUUUUUUAUCACCCAUUUUUAUAGUUGUUUUUUUUAUUGGGGAGGGGGGAUGAGGAAGGGAAAAGUAUUGAGACAAGAUGGCCGCUUACUGUAUCCUCCAGAGGGCCUCCUCGUUAUAAUAUACAAUUUUUAUAUUAAAAUAUAACACACAAAAAAGGGGGUAAAGAAAAUUAAAUUUACAAGUAUCUUUUUUUUUUUUUUUUGCAUUCGCAAAUAUGUGAUUUUUUUUAGAUUUAGUCCAUUCAAAUUGAAGCUUCGAAAGGGUAAAAGACCCUACAAAAAAUUCUACCCACUUACAAAAAUCGGCCCUGGGUGAAGCUUUUAUUUUCUUUGUGCUAUGUUGGAUAUAGACCAUACAUGAAAUGAUUGCAUAAGACAGUGAUAACCAAACUUAAUCGGGCAAGCUGCCUUAUACAUUUCAGACACUCGAAUCACGGGCUUGAUUUCUUAAUUUCAUUUCCCUUUCGUUUUUAAGAGGCUGACCCACAGGGUCCGCCCGUGAGUUUGUGUAACUCCAUUAUAUAUAUAUAUAUAUAUAUAAUAAGGCGUGUCUUCGACUCUGAAGAUUAAUGUGGAAUGCAGUAUUUCCACUGGCUACCCAGCCCCAGCUGUGACCUACAUAUUAUACCUCAUCCAGGGCAAGCAUAGCCAUAUAGCCUAUAUAUAUGUGUGUGUGUGUAAAUAUAUACAUUUCAUAUAAAAUAGAAUGGGUCACAAUGAAGGAUGCAAGUUAUUAGUAUUAUUAUGCAAAAUAAAAGGAAAAAGGCGUGAAAGAGAGACUGCGUAUAUUGCCUUAUAUUAUACAGACAACUCGCUCCUAAAUGUUUUUCUCCCAAUUAGAUAUGCUCUCAUCAUAUGUUCUUUUGUUUGUUUGUUAACGACAUUUACUUACAUGUUCGUGUGUUCAUCUUGUGUAGUACAAUCAUCUAUUCUCAAACCACGUUGAAAUGGCCACUGUAUGUAAUGAUUGUUUAUUGUUAACAGAAACUAUAUAACUAUUCAUGUGAGAAUUACAUUUUCAAGUGAAACGUUUUAAUGAGUGCACGUAAUGUUCAAUGAAAUAAAAUAUAAUGCUGUUUAUUGGGACAAAA